AAUCCACCAACAGCAGUCAAUCUUAUUGACUUGUCACCGCGUCGAAUUUCUUUUAAUGUUGAUGGUCCUCCCGAAAAUGUUCAACUCUAUCGAAUAUAUUACAAACCUGAGGGUACCAGUGAUGCUGGUAUGCAGGUCAUUGAAGGAAGAGAUAACCCAUUCACCAUAACUGGAUUAACUCCCAACACCCCAUAUAUAUUGAGAUUAGUUGCUGUAAAUGAUGAUGGAACAUCUGAGCCUUUGAACACAGCAAUAAUAACACCCAAGGAACCUCCGGCAAAACCAGUUUUGUUGCAAACAACAGAAGAAGCAAGACUUGCCACAUUAAGAAUAAGUGAAGGUGAUGAUGUAGAUUAUUAUGUCGUCACUUACAAAGCUGUUAGAAGUGGAAGUGAAAUAAUGACACUGGAAAGUGUUGCACCGAAUAAUAUAAUUGAAGUUCCACUUGAACCUGACACUCAAUAUCAAGUUAACAUUGUCGCUGUCAAUGAAGCAGGUCAAUCACCAAAGUUACAAACAUUCGUCGAAACACCUGCUGAACAAAUUCCACCGGCGCGCCCUACUCGUUUUGAUGAGAUUACUCCAACAUGGAACUCUGCUAAUCUUACUUGGUCAGGCUCAUUAUUUGCAGUUCAAUAUUAUGUUUUCGAAUAUCAAUCGGAUGAAGACAUUUUCCCUUUGAAAUUAAACACAACGGGACCACGCCAGUCAAUAUUCGUUGAUGGUUUAUCUCCAGAUACAAAAUAUCGAGUCUCUGUGAAAGCAGUUGGAGAGGGUGGUCAUUCACCUUUUCUAGUCGAUUAUUUUUACACCCUGACGUCUCCUCAAAGAACAAACUUAACUGUGUUGGAUAAACUGCCGGGUGAAGUAACAUUUCAAAUUGACAACUUAUCUGACGAUGACGUGGAAUAUUUCAUUGUUCAAUAUCAGAAGGAAGACUCCGAUGAAGUAAUAGAACGCACGUUUACAGAAGAAGAAAUUCAUUUGGACAACUUAACACCAGGAUCCACAUACAGAGUAACUCUCAUUGCUGUGAUCGAUGGUACACGUAAAGAAUUAACACAAACUGAAAUUACCACCCCAUUCGAGCCCGAACCAAAUCUUCCUUCAACUGUUGACAAUCUUCGCGUCACUUCACUUUCGCCAACCCGUGUGAAAAUAACAGCCGAGGGACCGCGAGAUAAUAUUGCGCAAUACAAUGUGCGAUAUGCACCUGCUGAUGGAACGGAACCUGAAACUAGCUUUUACACACGUGGGUCUUCUCCUGUGAUAACAUUGUCACGCCUUAACCCAGCCACCAGGUAUCGAGUUACUGUUAGUUCAGUAUACGAUGGACUUCAGUCAUCUCCUGUUACAGUGGAAUUUACAACUAAAAAGGUCCAAGAAAUCACUCCGACCAAUUUACGAGUCUCAAAUGUUGAAGAUGACGAAGUAACUUUAGAAUGGAAUCCUCCCGUUGACGUUUCCCUUGUUCGAAGAUAUAUUGUACAGUAUAAAGAUGGUUCUAUACCGAAAAACCCAUACAGAACACGUUACAUACCGGUUUCCACACCAUAUAUUACAUUGGAAAACUUGACACCAGACACUCAAUAUUUUAUUAAACUAAGAUCCAUUGGAAACAAUAGAAGACCUUCAAGAGUUGCGAAACUAACUUUCCGAACGCUUUCUCCUACAACAACAACAACAACAACAACAUCAACAAUGGCGACAACAAUGGCAUCAACACGAAGAACAACAACCUCUGAGCCAACACCUCCUGUCGAGCCAAUUCGUUUGCCCAUAGAGCCAAAUCCUAGGCCCAUAGAGCCUACCCCCAUGCCUAUAGAGCCUACCCCUAUGCCUAUAGAGCAUACCACCAUGCCUAUGUUAAGGACGACGCCAGUUUCUGCAACCCAGUUGACCGAGUCUUUGCUUGUACCUACUCCUAUAAGAUUACAAGUAUUGCGCAGAGGGUUUACAGAUGCUGAAAUUGCAUGGACCUCGCCAGGAUCCAACAUUGAUGGUUUUCUUGUUGAAUACGACACCACGUUCACGAGACACGGAGAACCUCAAACCCAACAACUGAGAGAAAAUGUACGUAGAACUACAUUGGAGGAUCUUAUACCUGGCACAGAAUACCAAGUCAAGUUGUUUAGUAAAAGAGGUUCUUUGCAAUCCAGGCCUUCCCUUGUAACAUUCAUGACAAAGCUGGAUGCGCCAAGUAAUGUCCAUGUCAGUCCUCAAAGCGAUCGACUUAUUAUCUCAUGGGUCAACCCAGAUGGCCCAAGAGUGGGAACCCAUUUUAAAUACAGAAAGCCAAACGGCCCCUGGCGUCAAGUGCGAUUGGCACCGGAUGUAACAUCAUAUGCGAUACCCAUAAGAAGCAUCCAUGACACUUAUGAAGUAUCCAUCACAGCUUUUGGCAGAACUAUUGAGUCUUUGCCUAGGACGUUAACUGUUCAUCCAAGAUUAACUGAACCUGAUGACAGAACUUCCAAAUCUCCCGUUGAUAUUACACAAGUUGAAGACACAAGUGCAACGUUAAGGUUCCAUAUGCCAAGUGAAAACGGAUUCACAGUUACAUUGGAAGAUGAAGACUCGCAACCAAGGACAAUUAAUUUGCCGCAAUACGUGACUUAUUAUCAACUAGAACACCUGAAACCUUCUACCCAGUACACGAUGUCCCUUGCAAAUGGGGACUCCACAGUUGAUAUUGAUUCUUUGCAAUUUCUCACCAAACCAAGCCCCGCGACUGACUUUACCGCUCAAGAAAUUUCUCCAAAUGGUUUCACUCUAACAUGGUCGCCCCCACAAGGUUCAAUAAAUGGUUACCGACUAAAAUAUCGACCCGUUUCCGGAAAUGUUGACGGCGAAUGGAACGAAGUGAGAAUCCGUCCCUCUGAUACAGAAUACACGACAACUAACCUUAUCCCAUCAACCUUAUACGAUGUAACAAUAACUCCAACUUAUGCUAAUCCAAAUGCACAUCGUUAUUCGGAACUGGGAAUCCCGUCAAGUAUUCAAGUGACGACCAUCCCAUUAGAAGUAUCAACCACACCAAGGACGUCACCAGCACCCCGUCCACCAAGCAACGUCGAAUUUUCUCAUGUCACUCCCGUGUCCGUCCAUGCAAGUUGGACUCCAUCACCAGAUCGUGAUCUUGAUUUGUACAGUGUCGUUCUGAAAGAUGAAAAUGGAUCCACCGUUGUAUCCGGCAAUCUCCGUAAUUCAUUCGCGAUUUUCCGAGAUUUGACCCCCAGAAGCGUAUACCAUCUGUUUGUAUAUGCUGUAAGAAGAGACCUUCAAAGUGUGCCAGCAAAUGCUUCAGUUUUUACAGGUCAAAAUCACCCAGAGCGUGUUUACAUUACAAACAUCGACGAUACUUCGUUUGACGUGGCUUGGGUUCCAGAAAGGCCAACCAAUCCUUUAUUAUCUGGAUAUGAAGUUUCUGUGAAAAAACAAGAUUCCAGCUCACCAGCUAAAUCCAACUUUUUCCCAUCUAAUAUCAACCAAGCGGUCAUACAAGACUUGGAGCCAGGCACAAUAUACGAAGUCUUUGUUAAGUCAGUUAUAAACCAAGUAGACACCGAUGUAAUAAACAAACAAGUUUCCACAUUAUUACCUGCACCUCGUAAUCUGAGAUUCGAAGAUGUGACCGAUAAUUCGUUCUAUGUAACAUGGGACCAUCCAAGUUUGCAUAUACGAGAUUAUGUUGUUGAGUAUCAACCAAUUGACUCACCAGACAAGCUAAGGUUACAGGUUAACAACAACAACAGAAUACAACUCCAAAACCUUCAACCUGAUUCGGAAUAUUUGAUAUCUGUAUAUUCUCUUUAUAAUUAUCGUCGCAGUUCGCCAGUAGUUGGAAGACAAUCUACAUCAUCAUUUUCUGACUUGGUUUCCCCAGCAAAUCUGCGUGUGGACAAUGUAGAUACAGAUAUUAUGCGCGUUAAUUGGGAGCCAAGUGAACAUUUUACUUACACUGUUGUUGUCACCAACCCAUACGGCCAGGUUGUAUCUCGACAAACAUUCAACUCUUCGCGGAACUUCGUCGAUAUAGAUGAUUUAGAGCCUGGUAUCUUGUACAAGGUUCAAUUACGAAUUUUAACUCCAACGAAUCGACUUGCUGGAACUGAGCAAGUGUUUCAACAGACUAAACCGGAAGCUCCAAGAAAUGUUGGCUUAGUUAGUUCCAAUCCUCGAAGGAUUGUAAUGAAUUGGAGACCAAACAGAUUUCGUAAUCCGGAAAUAUCUGGUUACAAACUAACUUACGAAACCGAUGAUGAAGAAAUUCCGCAUGAAGUUGAAUUAGGUCCGCGCCAGCAUUCAUACACCAUAAACGAUCUAAACCCAUCAACUGUGUAUCGCAUUACUUUGCAAUCCAUUGUAAAUGACACCUUAAGUGAACCAAUCACUACAACAGUGUUAACACAGCCAGAAGAAGCAACAGACAGAAUGUUAACAACAACAACAACACCAAACACAAACGAAGCUUUACAAGGAGGCAUCCGAACUCGUAAACUGAACGAUGGGAAUUAUAGCAUUGGCUGGAGAUCUGUUUCUGGUCCUGUUGAAUAUUACCGCGUUAUAUAUGUUCGGAGAUCAGGUUCAAAUGCUACCCAGUUAUCUGUCCCAGCGCAUGUGAAUGAAAUUCAGUUAAAUAAACUGAUACCUGGCCAGGAAUAUGAUAUUUCUAUUAUUGCUGUAUAUCCAAACCAGGAAGUUAACAUUGGCAACAUUGCUGUUACAACAUCAGGUAGUGACAAUGUUGCCCCUGAUUCAAGUCGAACUGCAUUAAUUGAAUGGGACCAACAGCCGUUAACAUUUUCUUCUUAUCGAAUAACUGCAACACCAGUUAGAGGUGGUCAGACCCAUACAUGGAAUAUAAGGUCAAGUGAAACAAGUGCUCACUUAUCAGAUCUAGAACCUGGUACUUUGUAUCAUAUUGUGGUUGAAGGGUAUUUGGACGGACAGUACGUUACUGUGGCUGAUAUUGAGAAAACAACAGAUAUCGAUUCUCCCUCAAAUCUUGAAGUUACAAAAAUAAAUACCAAUCUCAUUGGAAUAGAAUGGUCACCUCCUAAUUCACAGAUAAGUGGAUACAGUCUUACUUACCAGCUAGAUGGCAGAGGAACAGAAACAGCCUACAUACCUCCGCCACGUGUAAGUGAAGUUCGAAAAACCCUUCGAAGGCUACAACCUGGCCAACGAUACGUGAUUCGAUUAUAUGCCCAUCUAAACGACAUGGAAAGUUUGCCUGCACAAGUUUGGGCAGAGACUUCAGUUCCCUCUCCACAGAGAUUCCGAAUAACUCAAGCAACUCCUAAUUUGAUUUCAAUAUCUUGGAUCAAACCAAGCCAUCUAAUAACACAUUACACGUUGCGUGUCAUCGGUCCAGAUGGUUUUGACGUGAUUCACAACUUAAGAUUAGACGAUGAUGUUAAUAGUUACACUAUACGGGACCUACAGCCAGGGACAAGAUAUCACAUUAAUUUGGCUGCUUGGAUUGGUCCUUUGUCUUCUCAGCCAGAAUAUAAAUCCAAGAUAACUCCUGAAACUGUUCCUGAUGUAAAAACCAAGGGUGAGUUAACUGACCAGGGGUUCCUACUUCAAUGGAAAAGUAAAUCGAGAUCAGUUGAUGGAUUUAAAAUCGUGGUCGAACCCCAAGACGGAAGUGCAGGGUUUGAAACAACUGUUGACAGAUUUACCAAGAGUUAUGAACUUGAAAAUCUUUUGAGCAAUGUCGCAUAUAUAGUCAAAGUGUAUCCCGUGAGUGGACACAUCAUAGGUGAACCUUCCGUAGUUCAUAUUCCUGCCUCUACCACCUCGAAUGUGGUGUUAAACCAUCUACAAUGGAGAUUACAAGUUACCUCGCUCGGAACAGAUUCCAUCGCAAUUUCAUGGAAUAAUCCAUGGCAUGAUGUUGUUGAAUACAGUUUGCAAUACAAACAAAUAGAUGAGAGUGAUGAAUAUUAUCGAUCAGUCGUUCCUCAACCACAAAUAGGUGACAACCAUGCUACGAUCAGCCAUUUGCAACCAGGAGAGUCAUACACGAUUAAACUGGCAGUAAGAAGAGAUUCCCAGAGUGAUGGAUUGAUGAACACAUUGCUUCUUAAUGUGUCAACAUCAAUUCCACCACCUUCCAACAUACAAAUGCAAAGAUCAAGUGAUGGAAGCUUAGUCUUCACCUGGCAAUCACCAACUGCGUAUGCAAGCAAUUAUAUUGUUAAAUAUCGUGAAGUUUACCCAUUUCUACAACAUGAAUAUGUUGUAAUGGAAUUAUCUGGGAGUGAUACAAGUGUAACAAUGCCUUUUCUGCAAGAAGGAAAAAGGUAUGAAAUCGUGUUUUACUCGAAACGUGGUGAAUUUAGAAGUGAUUCUGUUGUUGUUAAUGUUGAUGUACCAGUGUCCCAACAAGUAAGGAAUUACUGCACAGAUCCUGAUACAGGUGCAACUUAUGCAGUUGGGCAGAAUUGGCUUUCCAAAGCGGGUCUAUUCCUUAUGAACUGCACAUGUCGUCCAUCUCUCACAGUGGACUGCAGUAGUGGAGAAUGGUGUCAUACUGAGUAUGGGGUUUUCAAUAAGACAAAUACAUGGCGGCAAGACAACCCAGAAAACAAUAAAAAGGAAGAAUGCGUUUGUAAUGGAAGUUCUGGCUACACAUGCUAUCCAAGAAAUUGCCAAGAUGGUGACCGAUGGUAUGAUGAGGGUGAACCAUGGACUUCUGAUAUUGAUGGAUACAUUUGUAACUGUGUGUGUCCAAGUGAACAUACACAACCAUGUACUUCCACAUGCCGACCAUCGAUUCUUGGCCAAGAUAUCGGUUUCGAAAGCAAGCGUCGUUAAUUUUACUGGCAGUGGUGUUCAGUAAAAAAACGGCAACUGUUUCUGUUCCUGUCAUUGCUUUAUGCAAUGCACAAUUUUGUUUUACUUUUUGAUUUCCAAUGUCCCGAAUUUCGGAACAUUUUUCGUUGAAUAAACUUUGAAGUGAUUGCAAA